UACAGUCUCUAUGCAGCACCGGGUGCCUCCUCAACACUGACAUGCCCGCGCCCAACAGAAAAACCUGGAUCAAAGGGCUCCGAGCUACAGCCGCACGCGUGAAUUGGCAGGAGGAAGGGAAACGGGCUCGCUUCGGGUGUCCGAUUUGGGGGAGGCCGGAUCACAUCUGCUGGGGACGAGCAUCAAGGGCAGUGCGGCACUCCGGCGAUUCACAAACAGGCGAAACGGAUCGUCGAAACACCCCCGUCGAAACAUUCCCAUUGCAGCUCCUCAGCGGUCUCAAAGAUGUCCUAAAACGGCAGAUGGACGCUUUAAAAUGCAACUAAACGUGUCUAUCUCCAUAGCACAUAUGCUGUUUUUACUGCUUUCAUUCGGGAUUUAUCGAGGAUAUAUUGAGUUGGAAAUGAAGACGAGGAUCUGUCAGCAUUUUAAGGGUUGUAAAAAGGGCCAAUGAAUAUAUUGCUUAGCCACAUCUUUAUUUUUUCCUCACUGGCCACACUGACACCCCUAAUAAGUAGGACCAUGGGUUGCAUUCAGAGCAUCGCCUGCAAGCCCCGCAUCCGUCGGGAGAAUAUAGUGGUGUAUGAGGUGUCAGCCUCCAUUGACCAGUGCCCGACCAUCAUUGAGGAGAACUCGCCCAUUGUGCUGCGAUACAAGACGCCGUACUUCAGAGCAUCGGCCGGAAUCGUGAUGCCCCCGGUUCCCAGAAACGAAACAUGGACUGUGGGAUGGAUUCAAGCGUGCACACAAAUGGAAUUCUUCAAUACAUAUGGUGAUAUUGGCAUGUCCAGCUGGGAGCUGCCAGAGCUUCGUGAAGGACGGGUGAAGGCCAUAAGUGACUCUGAUGGCGUCAGUUAUCCCUGGUAUGGUAACACUACCGAAACAGUGACUCUCUCAGGCCCCACGUCCAAACCCUCCCGCUUAACAGUGAGCAUGAAUGACAACUUCUAUCCUAGUGUGACAUGGGCAGUGCCAAUCAGCAACAGCAACACACCAAUGCUUACGCACAUCACUCGAGACCAGAGCUUCAUCACUUGGCUGGUGGCACUAAAUGCAGACACCAAAGAGCGUAUUGUUCUUCAGACAGUACAUUGGCGUAUGCGGGUAGACAUUGAGGUGGAUCCGUCCAUGCCUUUAGGUUCUCGUGCCAAACUGAUGGGCAGACCGCACCAAGAGCAACCGCACAUUCUCAGCAACAAUGAACCAAUCCCGCCCAAUGCACUAGGUAGGCCCAAUGCCAACGACGCCCAGGUGCUGAUGUGGAGGCCUAGGAGGGGACAACCACUGGUGGUUAUACCGCCAAAAUAGGGAUGUGCCUACAGGAUGAUAAUUUUGCUUACUUUGAAGACUGCAUGCACUGUUAUGGGACACAGCAGCACUGGAUAUGGGGAACCACAAGUUGCCAUUUGAAUAAAGGUGUCCUAUGGAUUGCCAGUUUUGUUUGUUUUUGUUGAAGCCUCUGAACUGAACCUUCUGAGAAGGGCGUUCUCUGCGUGCACCAUGAAACUAAAUUGCCUUUAAACUCCACAGCACUCAGUACUUGGUUGGUUAUCAUUUAGUGGAAUGAUUAUUACUAAAUCUAAUCUGCAUUUCAGGACAGAUGCUCCAUAAUGCAUGAAAGAGAUUGAAUGUUUUGUCCCAUACAACACAAAGUGAACUUGGUCACUACAAAUCCGGCUGGAAAUUGACAGUUUUUCUUAGUAGAACAACCAGCAAAACUCUAUGAAAUUCACAUGUCAGUUGAAUGAGACUUUGGCAAAUGCUAGCAAAUGUCUUUCACAUGUUGUAUUACAAAAAAAGACAACAGUGCAUGAAGACAUUCACCAACUAAGGUGGAGUGUGUUGCGUUGGGGCCGGGCUGAUAUCCUCAACCAAUCAGAUGCAUCCUGGAACUGGAGAGCUGAUUGGAGUUUUGUUUAUGCUCGCAUAUAAGUUUGUUUGAGUUUAAGCAGUGGGUGCUGCACCAUAGGCAUUCACCAUAUAAGUCACAUGCCAUACACACUCCAUCUUUACCAUUCUCCAUGUCUCCCGGUCUCUCUGUUAUCCCCCAAGCUGUCUCAAAAUCUCCUCUCCCUCCAAGACACCUUGUGUAAUUAUGAUACAGAUGAGAUUGAGUUUCCAUCACAAAUAUCAGGUUUACCUUUAAAGGGAUAGUUCACCCAAAAAUGAAAAUUCUCUCAUCAUUUACUCACCCUCAUGC